AUGCCGGAUCUUGACCGAGCUAUAGAGGACCAACGUCUACUAAUUACGAGGUUGUCUCGUUUUAUGGAUGAAUAUGAGAAACUGCCCACUAUUUCUAGAACCCGUGGAAUAUCGCAGACCGUUUUGGAUAAGAUUGAGGAAAUAAAUAGAUUGUUCGAAAGCAACCAUGAGAGGAUAUACGAUUAUAUUCGCGACAGUUCAAUUUCGACAAGUGAUGUUCCAUAUUUGUCUGAGGAUGUUUAUUUUGCUUUUUGUCAUGAUUUUAUGAUAGCCAAAGGUAAAUUGCUGGAUGCUAUGGUUGAAUUUAAUGCCACUAUUUCGCCUACCCUACAUUCUAGUACGUUUCAUGCUUCGUCCCAUAGAGGUGAUAGUUCUUUGAAUGAUGUUCGCCUUCCCAAGAUAGAUAUCCCGGUUUUUUCUGGAAAUUAUUUGGAUUGGAUAUCCUAUAGAGAUAUGUUUGUUUCAGUGGUACACAACAACCAGGGUCUGUCUGAUGUUCAGAAGUAUUAUUAUCUAAAGGGUUCGUGCAAAGAUACACCAUUGUCCAUUGUGAACGACUAUCCUGCUUCUGAUACAAGUUACCAGCUGGCUUGGUCAGCUCUUACUAGAAGAUAUCAUAAUAAAAGGAAGAUUUCUGAUACGAUUUUCCGGAAGCUAUUUGAUAUUAGGAAAUCUGAUGGUUCAUGUGAUAGCAUAAAGAAUAUUCUUGAUUCGACUAGGACGUGUAUUGCUCUUUUUACUACAUUGCAGAUAGAUUGUGGGAAUUGGGGUCCUAUUCUCAUCCAUAUAACUGUUUCUAAACUGGAUAUUCAGACCUGUAAGGAGUGGGAACGGUCAUUGAAGGCAUCGACGGAGAUACCUAAGCUUGAGGAGCUAUUUUUAUUUUUGGAAACCACGUUCCGUACGUUGGAGUCUGUUAACGACCAUGAUCUGUCUAUGGUUAGGCCCACUGUGAAACCUUUUAAUAACUCUUUCAGGCCUUUGCAGACACGGAGGGUUCAUUUGGUAUCAAGUCAUGAUGACAACUGUCCUUGCUGUGGGAAAAGACAUCUUUUGUAUAAGUGUUUCCAAUUUGCUGCUCAGUCCUCCACGGCUAAGCGCGACUUAAUUUUUUCCAAGAAUAUUUGUAGGAAUUGUUUGAAUGUUGGCCAUUUUUCUAAGGAUUGUCGUUUACAUACUCGUUGUCAUAUUUGCCAACUGCCUCACCACACGAUAGUGCACAAUGAGUUCUCCAAUGACAGGCAGUUGGCGAGUUCUUCGUCUGCUUCCACUUCUGCUGCAUCAGCUGAUAUUGCUGAUGUUGUCGAGUCAGCCACCCCAGACCUUAACUGCCACUUGUCCGUAUUGAAUUCGAUUGUCAUGCCAAAUGUACUGCUUGCCACGGUGCGUGUCAUAGUUCAGACCCAUUUCGGGGAUUUUACUCUACGAGCGAUUUUGGAUCAGGGUGCCCAGGCUACUUUAAUCACGGAGAGUGCGGCCCAGCUUUUAGGACUCAGGAGGAGUAGUACCCAUGUUCGUAUUAAUGGAAUAGGAGGGGAGUCCAUCGUUGUUCGGAGCUAUGUCAACUUUUGUCUCAUUUCUUCAUAUGAGAAAGGGUUCAGACUUGAGAGCAAUGCAUUUGUGAUGCCAUCACUGACAUCUUAUCAUCCAGGUCCUAUUGGUCGAUGUCAGUUGCCAGAUUUGGAAGGCUAUCACUUAGCCGAUCCUCAAUUUUAUGGUAAUGAUAAAAUUGAUUUAUUGAUCGGUGGUGACCUAUAUGGCGACAUAUUACUCCCACAGCAGAGGAAAUUUAAAAAGGGUAUAUUUCUUCAGCUUUCUCAUUUUGGUUGGGUUGUUUCUGGUCCAACAGCUUCCCCAGGGUUUUCCUUUGAUGUGAAUGUGAACAUGUGUUCUCUGGAUAGUUUGCUGAAGGCAUUUUGGGAGCAAGAAGAAUUGGUGGAAAAGAGAGCAUCUACGCAAGAGGAUAAUUUGUGUGAAGAAUACUUCAGGAGAACUUACAGUCGUGGAAAGGACGGUAGAUAUACGGUGGCGCUACCUUUUAAGUCUGAGUUAUAUGGGAAGGAGGCUCCUAAGUUCAGUCAUACUGAUUUUCUUGCACUUAAAAGACUGAAAAGUAUGGAAGACCGCUUCGAUCGAGACAACGGUUUGGCUCUGCAAUACAGGAGUUUCAUGGCAGAAUAUGAGUCUUUAGGGCACAUGAGAAACAUUGGAAUUUAUCCCCAGGCUCUCCGACAACACGGUUACUUUCUGCCACAUCACGGUGUUUUAAGGGAGAGCAGUUCCACCACCAAACUUCGUGUUGUAUUUGACGGAAGCAGCAAGAGGCCACCAUAUUCCUCACUUAAUGAUGAGUUGUGUUCUGGGCCUGCCCUUCAAAAUGACUUACCUACGAUUAUAACUCGUUGGAGGCGAUAUAAAAUCGGUUUCCGUUCUGAUUUGGAAAAAAUGUUUCGACAGAUCAAGGUAAUAGAUCGCCAUCAACCUUACCAACAAAUUUUGUGGCGUGGGGCAGACUCGUCCAUAAAUAUUUAUGAACUACAGACCGUGACAUACGGUACCAGCCCUGCUCCCUAUCUCUCAAUUAGAGUAUUACAUCAACUGGCUAAGGACGAAUAUCACACAUAUCCCGAGGCGUGUGACAUUGUGAAGACGGAUACUUACGUAGAUGAUGUCAUUUCUGGUGCUGACACUAUAGGCGAGGCAAAGAGUCUUCAGGAAAGAUUGGUAAAAUUAUUGGCUUCGGGUGGUUUCAAUUUGAGAAAGUGGACCUCAAACUCAACCGAACUUAUGGAACAUAUACCCGACGAAUUCAGAGAGAAGGUGGAUUUGAUCGCUUUUGAAGAGCAGAAUUUAGUCAAGGCUCUAGGACUAGCCUGGGACAUCAGAGGCGACUCUUUUACAUUCAAGGUCAACUUCCAAAGUCAAGAUGAAGUUACAAAGAGCAGCCUUCUAUCAGACGCUUCGAAACUCUAUGAUCCUUUAGGCUGGUUGGCGCCAGUUACUAUUAACGCUAAGGCCACCUUUCAGAAACUUUGGUUGGAAGGUAUUGAUUGGAAGGACAGGGUUCCUUUUGCUAUUCAAACUUAUUGGACUAAAUACAUCGCCGAAUUGAUAAAUUUAGAGCGCAUUAGGAUUCCGCGCUGGAUUGGAUGCUUCAAAUAUAGCAGAAUUGAGCUACACGGCUUCUGUGAUGCUUCACAGACUGCUUUUGCUGCUGCUGUCUAUGCAAAAGUUCUAUGUAAUGAGAAGCCUACCGUACAUCUUUUGCAGUCGAAGACUAAAGUCGCCCCCUUAAAAGUUUUGUCGAUACCCAAGUUGGAGUUGUGUGGAGCUAAUCUUUUGGCAAAGCUUAUGCACAAAAUUAAGAAUCAGCUGGAUCGCGAAAUUAGUAAAAUAUUUUACUGGACUGACAGCAUUACAGCCCUAUGUUGGAUAAGGGGCGAAUCAGCGAAAUGGAAUGUCUUCGUUGGCAAUCGGGUGGCCGAUAUUCAGCGAUAUACCAAUAUUUCUGAGUGGUUUUAUGUAUCAACGCACGAUAACCCUGCCGAUUGUGCUUCUCGAGGCAUCCCAGCUACAGAAUUGGUGAACCACGAACUGUGGUGGUCCGGGCCUGAAUGGCUACUUCUUUCUCAAUCUGAAUGGCCUCCACAACCUACUAGCUCGUACGAAACUGAUCUAGAAAAACGGAAACAAAAAAUUGUUAUCAAUCUCGUGACAACACCUGAUUAUCCUGAAUUGCUCAGUAAAUUCGCUUCAUUGACACGACUGGUGCGAAUCACUGCAGUUAUAUUAAGAUUCUACCAUAACAUUAAAACAGCAACACAACAUCGAAUGUUUGGUUAUCUUAAAACGAAAGAAUUAGAUGGUGCACUGAAUCUAUUAAUAUUUUUGUCUCAACGUGUGGAUUUUGAUGAUGAACUUACUUGCCUGCAGAAGGGAUAUGAGUUAUCGAAGGCCAGCGGAAUUGCAAAGCUGUGUCCAUUUAUUGACGAAAAUGGAAUUCUCAGGGUUGGAGGUCGAUUACAGAAAGCUAAGUUUAACUAUGAAUAUAAGCAUCCUAUCUUAUUAUCCAAACACAAUCCUCUUUCUCGCUUGAUUCUUUCAGAUGCUCAUGUGAAGACGCUUCAUGGCGGACUUACUCAGAUGCAGGCAUAUGCAACGCGGAAAUUUUGGAUUAUAUCGGCCCGUAAUAUAGCUAAACAGGUGCAAAGGAAAUGUGUAACGUGCUUCAGGUAUAAAGCAAAAACAGCUGAGCAAAUAAUGGGUGACCUUCCAACCGUUCGCCUGCAGCCAACACGCCCAUUCAAACAUAGUGGAGUUGACUAUGCGGGACCAAUCACUAUAAAACAGUCAACCGCUCGCAAUUCUGUCACGACGAAGGGUUACAUAUGUCUCUUCAUUUGCAUGGUAACGAAAGCUCUGCAUCUGGAAGCAGUUACAAGUUUGUCUACGGAUUCAUUUAUAGCUGCUUUUCGAAGAUUCACCUCUCGCCGUGGAGUGUGUACGGACUUGUACUCUGAUUGUGGUACAAAUUUCAUUGGGGCAAAUAAAGAGUUAAAGAUUCUGCAGCGGAGAAGUCGUGAUUCGGUUCCAGAAGAGCUCUAUGAAAUACUGGCAAACAAUGGAACGAAAUGGCACUUCAUACCACCAGCCUCCCCCAAUUUUGGCGGGUUAUGGGAAGCAGGGGUGAAGUCAACCAAACACCACUUAAGAAGAACCAUGGAGAACCGUAUUUUAACCUUUGAAGAGCUCACAACUCUGCUAGCCCAAAUUGAAGGAUGCCUGAAUUCACGACCCUUGUGCCCAUUAUCUCCUGAUCCCAAUGAUUGCACCGCUCUAACACCAGCACAUUUCAUUGUGGUGGUUGAAAGACUAAAACAACAGUUCUGGAAGCGUUGGGUUAGUGAGUUUGUGAACCGUCUUCAAUCGCGACCAAAAUGGCUUAAACCACAAAACAAUCUUGAAGUUGGAGACCUGGUUCUAGUGUUUGAUGAGCGUUUACCCCCUGGCCAGUGGCCCUUGGCUCGCAUUUCUGAAGUACAUCCGGGUUCAGAUGGUCGAGAUAUGGAGCACCAUGACUCCUCUCAAUGCUCUCUGUUUGAGGGUUGUAUUAAAAAUCGAUUCCAGCUAUGGCAGGGUACUUUGAGCGACUCCUUCAAAAGUGCAUAUUCCGGUGUCUUCCGUCGUAUCCUAUGGAGAAUGCGUUUUCAUCAAAAACUUCAACAGGAUACGACGGGACUCAAAAAGACCCCAAAAUCUUGGAAUAAUGAGGAAUGUAAGCCAAUUAGGAAAGCUGUGGAAGACAACGAUGACGAUGAUGAUGAUGAUGCCAUCACACAUCACACAUCAUGGCAUCAGCUCAAGUGCAAUGACAUCAAAUGGUGUAUGCUCAGACGCCAAGUGUUGGGCCAACAACACCAAACUUAG